AUGGACGAUAGACCUGCCCCAGGUGGUGGUGUGGCACUUGUGCCUGAAGCCACUGUCGCUGAGAAUACCGAGGAUAUACCAGCAUCGUCUUGCGGCGACGCCAGCAAACGGAGUCUCUCACCUGACGCCACAAUGGUCACGGAGGACGCGAAGGCAGAUGCCUCUUCCACAAACGGACAGACCGAGAACACUGAUCGUAGGUUCGUAUGGGCUCAGGGCAUAGAGAGUUCGUAUAAUUUGGGGUCGGAUCCUCAGCUCUCGACUCUUCCUGCUCAUCCACUGCCACCUACGUUACUCCAGCGAAGCGAGCAAGCGGCACCUCACGAGAAAUACUUCACGCCUAUUGUCGCUCUCUCAAAGUAUCCGUACAAAUUCUGCAACAAGGACUGCAUGCAAGGCAUUGCUUCAGCGUUUUUCGACCAGGGCAAGUUCUGGGCUCGUGAGUGGGAUCUAUACUAUCUCUGGGACAUUGAAGAGUCCAAGCCUCUCAUCCUCGUUCGCGAGAGCCAGGUCCAUGAUCUCUUGAAGGAGAUCAACUCGCAUCUCAAGCUCGGACUCAAGAUCACCGAUUCACAGCGCGAAGAAGGACUCGUUCUCCGCUUCCCAGAUCAUCCUCGCUGCCGGCCCCGUUAUCUCGGCAGAUCGCAUAACAGAAGCGAGUACAACAGCAUGACGGAUCAGGUCCCACUCGUAGGCGUUCACGCCGCUGGCGAAUCCGCUACACCCCCGCUAGAUGCUCAGACGCUUGAGGAUUUCAAGCACAUGAUCGAGGAAGCAUGGGAGGUCACGAAGAACAAGAGCAAAGCCUCAAAGGAGAAGAGCAGAGUAAACCGGUUGAAGAAGCAGAAGGUGUUCACUGAUCAGCUCAAGAGGGCUCAGCGUUACCUUGGGCUCCGUCCAGCUGCAACUGAUGGACCUUCUGCACCCCCAACAAUCCCAGCAGUUGAUGUUUCCCGCUCUGCGCCCUUCGCAUAUGAUCGCUCAGUCGUGUUUAUCUGUGUCGACGUCGAGGCAUAUGAGAAGGGCCAUCGAAAGAUCACAGAGGUUGGUAUGGCCACACUAGAUACCCGCGAUCUGAUCCAUGUCGCUCCCGGCAAGGAUGGCAAGGCCUGGAGGGACUUAAUUCAGACUCGCCACUUCCGCGUCACAGAAUUUGCUCAUCUGGUCAACAGCGAAUACGUUGCUGGCUGUCCUGGAAGCUUUUUCUUUGGUGAAUCCGAAUUUGUGUCUCUCAAGGAUCUGCCCACUUCCGUUGCGGCAUGCUUCGAGCCGCCAUUCUGCGCAAAGCCCGGUGAAACGCCUCACGCCGAUAACAUCGAGCGCGGCGACAGGCGUAACCUGAUCUUUCUAGGACAUGAUACUCUCACGGACGUCAAAUACCUUCAAGACAUAGGUUUUGACCCGUUGGUCCUUCCCAACCUCCUCGAAGCCCAGGACUCGGCGAGCCUCUUCCGCGUCUGGCAGCGUGAGGAUCAGACCACAAAGCUUGCAAGGAUCUUGGAGAAGUUCGACAUUGAUUAUUUCGGACUCCACAACGCAGGAAAUGAUGCAAUGUACACAGUGCAAGUUUUCCUGGCCAUCUGUGUGCGUGAAGCGUCUAUCAGAAAUUCGCCCGAGGUGCAGCAGAUCUGGGACGCGAGGAAGGAGUCAAAGAUUGCUUUUGAGCAGCAAGAGCUUCGGCAGGAUGUCGAGAAGGAUGCCAAGGUAUGGGAUGAUCUUGAGGCCAAUGGCGAUGGCGGUGGGCCAGUCCCCAUAGUGAUCAAGAAACCUGCGUGGCCAAAGGUCACCCCGCAGACUGGUACAAACGGUACUCCAGCAUCCGUCAAUGUUGGAGAUCGUGAUCGAGGAGACGGAAGCAACGGUGCUUCUACUCAGAGUGACCGCGGAGGCUCUGAUGGUGGACACAGCAAGGUGGACAAUUCAGACGGUUGGGGUGGCUCUGCGGCCUGGUGA